GCCUCAACAACUUGCUGAUGGCUUAUGAGGAUAAAACAGCAUAUGCCACGUGUGUCUUUUCUCUCGCUCUUGGGCCAAAUACAGAACCAUUGACUUUUGUUGGAAAAACUAUGGGCAGGAUAGUUCCAGCGAGGGGACCCAAUGAUUUCGGAUGGGAUCCAAUAUUUCAACCUCAUGGCUAUGACCAGACUUAUGCUGAGAUGCCCAAGGAAGAAAAGAAUAAGAUUUCUCACCGGGGUAAGGCUCUUGAACUAGUGAAGUCACAUUUCUCUGAGGCUCGAUACACUUUCCAAACGGACACCACUGCCUAAGAUUAGAGUGUAUGCUCUGUAGUGACAUAAUUUUUAUGUGUUUGCUCAAGAACUAUAAUUGAUGACAAUGUAAGCUUCUUUUAUUCCCCAGAUAAAAUAGGGUGGAGGAGGAGUUAUAUGAAAUAUGAGAACUUGCUUUGUUGUUAAUAGAGUAUAUGAUCUAUUUUAGAAUGUUAGAUCAUAGAUGAGACAGAAAAUAUUCUAUUGUGAAUGUACUUGAUGUAUUUUUAGAUUAGGAGCUUAUUCUCCUAAAGAUUCCAAUGUCACUCAUCUUACUUUUGUAGCA